GCCUCGUCCUCGGCCUCCUGUCAAGAUGCAAGACUCGACGAGCUCUCGACCAAGACGACCUCCAUUGCCAAACAUGGGGAGAAGGGCAAGGCGUAUACAAGCUUGUUGGCGACCUUGAAUACCAACGGUGAGAAGAAGAGGAAGCUCAUCGAGGCAUUGGCUCAGGAAAGUGACCCAGAGGCUGCUCGAAAGCUCGAAGAAGCCAAGAAGCAGGAGGUGCGAGAUGCACAGGUCAUGAUGCGACAUGACUUGCAGCAAGUCGCGGACCACCGCCUCUACUUGCAAACGGAGCUGGUGGCCAUCGUCCUCAUUGGCUCGCCCUCGUACGCGCAAGACAAGAUCCUGGCCAGAAUGGGGGCAAAGUUGUACAAGUUUGAGGCAACCAAAAACCUUGUCGAUCCUGUGGUCCGAAGAUUUCGACACAUAAUCUGGUGUCCGACCUCCACGGAGGCGGAGAGCGGCUUGACCACCGCCAAGGAGAUCGGUGGCAUCAACUCAGCCCACAUAUUGCUCAGCAGACUUUUGGGUGGGUUUCUUGGAGGGCCAGAAUGGCUAGCAGCAUGUUGUGACGAGGACAAGAUUUUGAUGCCCGUCCUCAAGCUCGACCGCGCCCUCCACAGACCUGUGGAGCUGCUGGUGCAUCCGAAUGUCACUUUCAAAGCUGAGCUGGACAUGACCCUGGACGUGACAAAGAGAAUCGACAAGGUGUGCUGGACUCUGCGCGAGAAGAGGGAAGACAUGCGCGGCACCUAG